UUCUCCCUUCAUUUUCUUUGUGGUUUUUUUUUCAUUUCUUUCUUUAGUAUUAGCGUUUUAGUACAGUUAGUAUCGUUCAUCUCAUUGGUAGAGUUAGUAAGCAUAGUAUUGUUAGUAUAGCAUAGGGAGCAUAGUUAGUCUGGUUAGUAUUAGCACGUUGUAUAUUGUCAGAGGGUGGGUGGGUUGGUUAGCAUAUAAGUGUAGUUAGAAGGCCACCAUGCUUCCAGGGCUUUUACCCAUUGUCUCAAUGAGCAGACCCAUAUCGAUGUGCCCUCCAAGACCCAAGUGGAGGGCAGCUUCUCCAAGCAGAGGGCAGCAUCUCCAGGAUGCCAGACCACCCUAAAGCCAGUCAUGUGGGAUAUCCAGUUCAUCUGCAAAACCCAGCAGGACCCUGUUGGCCUCCAGGGCCUUUAUUCUGAGGCCGAGAAGCUGAAGACAUCCCAUCAGCCGGACAUCGCAUCCGUGGAGGUGAUGAACACCAUCAAGAGGGUCGCCCUCGUCUCCCACCAGGUGAGCAGAGACCAUCUAGAUGAGGCCUGCACGCACCAUGGCCGCGUGGUCGACGACGUGCCACACACGUUCUGCCAGCUCCUGUCCAGUGUGGAGUGGUGCCACCAGCAAGGUGUCUUCCCCGGGGACGUGACGCUGGAGACCCUACUUUAUGAGAGGGAACUAAAGGUAUCUCGCACCGGCAUUGGCCUCACCGUGGAGUUUGCAGGGUACAAACUCCACACGUUUCGGGAGAGCCCUGGUUCAGUUGCCCCGAGAGCCUUCCUACAGCAAGAGGAGGAACAGCCUCCCAUAGACGUGUGGAGCCUGGGGGCAGUUUGGUCCUCAGUGAUCACGGGUAAGGAGCCCUUUGAGGGUGAAGUCUUCUGGCACUCCAUCAGGGACUUUCCAGGACCGGCUCAACGCCUGGACCAAGGUGUCCUCCUCUUCAUGUCACUGAGAGAAGGAAACAUAUGGACUUCCUUAAAACUAAUGGAAGGGAGCAAUGCAUGGCAGGAGGAAGGACUCAAUGCUUGGCCUCAGGCUACACACCCCAUGGAAAUGAAGAAACAAUGAGACAAUGGCCACCCAGCCUCCCACCCAGCCUAUAGUCCGGGAUCACAAUAAGCUCCCAUGACUCCUGGACCCCAAGCCCAGCCUCCUCAGUCAUCUACAGCAAUUUCUUCCAGGGGCCCUUGACCCCUGAAGAGACAAAGCAAGGGGAAGACCAUCAAGAUGAGGAACUACAAAAAUGUAUAUUUAAUUUUAGAAAUUUAUUUAAGAGAAAGAAUAAAGUGAAUCCUGAAUGAGAGAA